AGAAGGGAUAGACACAUCAAACCAAAGUUUCUUCUAUCAUCCUCAACACCUCAAGUCUUCAAACCUCAGAUACUCCAAUACAAACAAUGGCUUUCCAUCUACGAUCAGUUAGCCUGCCAUCUAAGAGGCUCUCCAAUGAAGCUGAAGUCGAAGCCGAGCUGCAAAGCCUGGAGGCAAGCACCUCUUCCCCUUCUGCAACCAUCGAGUCAGCAUGCGAUGGUUUGAGGAGGCUUGGAGAUGUCUACAGCCACAUCGAGGAGAUCAUCCACUUGCCUAGCAACCAAGUUUGCUCCAUCCAGCAAAGGAAGGAGUUGGACGAGGAAAUGGAAAGUUCUCUCGAGAUAAUCGAUCUCUGCAAUGCCAUGCAAGAGAACUUUGCCGAGCUGAAGACCACCAUCCAAGAUCUGCUGGUGGUCCUCAGAAGGGGAGACGAUUCAAACACUCAGGCCAAGGUCCUUUCAUACAUCCGCUUGGUCAAGAAGGCGCAGAAGCAAUCCAAGAAGACUAGCAAAAAGCCUACCUCUAACGAGUGCAAGCUGGUCAGGCUAUUGCUCAAGGCUAGAUUGGUCGCCGCCUCUCUUCUUGAGUUAGCACUGCGCCUCGUAUCCAAGCAAGGGGUGAUGCCCAAGAGGUCUCUUGUCUCCAAAGCAUUCCAGAAGAGAAACGUGGUUGUUUGCAAGGAGGAGCAGUUGCAGGCGUUAGAGUGCAUCAUUGGAGAUCUUGAGCAUGGAGCAGAACAACUGUUCAGGAGGAUGAUCCAGAGCAGAGUUGCUAUCCUAAACAUCCUUAGCUCAUAGAUUCUCCUCAAGUUUAGACACUCUAACAUCCUGCGAUUGGCCUCCGCAUUUUAAAGGAUCUGCCAAUCCUCACACAUGUACAGUACCUGUAAAUGUACAGAGAAAGUAGUGAAAUUGAAGAAAACAAUUUUGAUCCAGACAAA